GCAAGAUGGCGGCGGCCGAGCGGGAGGCCUGUGAGGCGGCGGCCCAAGAGGCCUGUGAGGAGCAACGGGCGGGCCCCGGAUCCGCCCAAGCCUCUUCCCCGGCUCCUCUCGGCUUGACGGAGCUUCCCGGGGAGCUUCUGGAGCUCAUCCUGUGCUGCGGCUCGCUGGGCGCCUCCGACCUGGGCCGCCUGUCCUGCACCUGCCGCCACCUCAGGGAGGCCUGCCAGCCCCGCGGGAAGGUCUGGAGGGAGCAGCUGCGGCGCAGGUGGCCUUCCUUAAUGAAAUACUACAAUCAGGCAGACAGUGUGAAUUGGCUGGAGCAAUACAAAGAACGGCAUAAAGCAGGACUGAAAGCCCAAACGGUCGUCGCCUCGUUUUCCAAAAGGUUCUUUUCAGAGCACGUGCCCUGUGAUGGCUUCACUGAUAUCGAGACUCUUGAUUGCCCCAGCCAUUUCUUUGAAGAUGAGCUGAUGUCCAUUCUUAAUACAGGAGGCAGGAAAGGGCUGACCUGGAAGUACUAUGCAAAGAAAAUUCUUUACUUCCUGCGGCAACAGAAUAUUUUAAAGAAACUGAAGACUUAUCUUGAGUACUCAGCAGAUGAGCAGUCCUUUUUAGAAGGGGCCGUGCUGGUUGACCAAUACUGUAACCCUUUGUCGGACAUCUCCCUCAAGAGUAUCCAAGCUCAGAUUGAUGACAUUGCUGCUAAAGUGUGUAAAUUUCUCAAAUCCAAAAACUCCAGGCAUCCCACUGUGGACCGAAAAGCAGGAGAGGUCUUGAUCGUCUCUCAGGUGGAGCUGCAGAGGCAGGUUCUGGAUGCCAUGAACUGCAUCCUCUACGAGCAGUUGAAGUACCGAGGGAACGAAGUGGAUUAUUACAAUUGUCAGAAUUCAUACAUCCAUCAGGUUUUGAUUCGCAGGACCGGAAUCCCAAUCAGCUUGUCGGUGCUGUAUUUGACGAUUGCCAAGCAGUUGGGCGUCCAGCUCGAGGCGGUCAAUUUCCCCAGUCACUUUCUGCUCAGAUGGUGCCAGGGAAAAGAAGGGAGCACAAAUAUCUUUGACUACACAUACAUCGAUGCUUUUGGGAAGGGGCGGCAGCUGACGGUCAAAGAAUGUGAAUACUUGAUUGGGCACCAUGUGACGGAGGAAUUUUAUGGCGUGACAACAGCCAAAGAGGUUCUGCAGCGAAUGGUGGGCAACCUGCUAAAUAUUGGAAAGAGGGAAAGCACUGACCAGUCAUACCAGCUCCUGAGAGACUCUUUGGACUUGUAUUUGGCCAUGUAUCCGGACAACGUCCAGCAUCUAAUGCUCCAAGCGAGACUCUAUUUUCACCUGGGAAUCUGGCCAGAAAAGGUUCUGGACAUCUUGCAGCACAUCCAGGCCUUGGACCCGUCCCAGCAAGGAGCAGUGGGGUAUUUAGUCCAGCACACCCUCGAGCACAUCGAGCGUCGGAAAGACGAGGCCGGUCCCGAUGUGAAGCUUCAUUCCGACGAGAAACACAAAGACAUCACCUUUUCCAUCGGCCUGGUUAUGAAGCACAAAAGAUACGGCUACAACUGUGUGAUCUACGGUUGGGACCCAGCGUGCAUGAUGGGACACGAAUGGAUCCGAAACAUGAAUGUCCACAGCCUUCCCCAUGGUCCUCACCAGCCUUUCUACAACGUUUUAGUGGAAGAUGGGUCGUGCCGAUACGCUGCCCAAGAGAAUCUGGAACUCAACCCAGAACCUCACGAGAUCCCUCACCCGGACAUCGGUCGCUACUUCGAGGAGUUUGCCGACACGUACUACGUGGCCAACCCAGAGUUGGAGAUCCGAUACCCUGAGGAUAUGGAGCUCACGCGUUCAGCUGGCCAGAAAACGGAAGAGAGCAAAGAAUGAGAUUUUUUUUUUUUCCCCUUCCAUCCCCUUCCUCUUUGCAAGGACAGAAGAAACUUUGCACAGCGGCGGUGGGAAUUUCAUCACGAGGAAGCUGCUGGUCUGAGGAACUGCAUUUUGCUAGCUAGUAGUGAAACAUCGUGUUAUGUAACCCCCUUGAUUGCGUUGUGCUGACACUUGUAAAAAAAAACAAAAAAACCAGUGUGGGUCAUGCAAAGUUUAGAAACCCACCUCUGAAAGUUCCUUCCCCCAAAAUGAAGAACUUCUGAGACUUAAAAAAAGUUCUCCUUCUGGGAAUUUUUGAACGACCUGCAAAUGGAAGCCGUGGAUAAUUUCUAGGUAGAGCUUUUCUGGAACUAACACAACAUCUGUCUUGGUUCAACUGUGACCAGCAGUGAGGUGCCAAAACCUUAGGAAUGACAUUUGAUGCUUCCUUACUCAAAGAUCUAGAAACAUUUGUCAGGAACUCUCUCCACUGCUUCAGGCCAACAACUCAAAUUUUAAAAAAAACCUGCACUGGGUGAUCGUUGUCAUUAUUUUUUUUCCUGCAGGUUUCUUGGAUUCACAUUCCAUCACACAGACCCCAUGCCACCUCGGUGAUGAAGCUGGAGAUGAGCAUCAUUCUCCUUUCGUUCUGCUCGUUUGCUUGUUGCUCACUCCAUUUUAAAAAAAAGGAUAAAACAGCGAAUUUCUCAAACGUAACGCUGGGAGGAAAAGAAAGCACCGAAGGACGUAGCGUUAAUUGUCUAAAAUUUCCUUUUCUCAGGGAAAAAAAAAAAAUAGGAGCCAGUUUGAUUUGCAAGCCCUUCUGGCAAGAAAGAACUGAUCAUGCUUUCAUCGGUUGUUGUAAAUAAUAUAUUUCCAGGCUGUGGAAUAUGUAAUUUCUGAAUUGGUGGUGUCUGGGCGUAAUGCCGCUGACACUGGCUGGAUUGCGCGUUUUAGGGGCAGAGGAGGUAAGCUUUUAAUUAUCACAUUGUAAAGGAUAAAAUGAUACGCUUCUUGGAUCCCAAGUCCUGAAUGUUGCUGUUUUGUAGCGGUGAAAUUGUUAUUUUCAGGAUCACCUCCUUCAUUUGCAUGCUGUGUUUUCAUACACUUCGGCAAGCGCAUUUCCCUGUGAAGUUUAGUGUUAACCUACAGGGAGUAACAGCUUAGAGGUUCGAGUUAGGUUGUCGCUCUAGGAACACGCGUGCACCCUUCGACGUGCCUACAGGUAGUCCUCAACUUACAACCGUAACGGAACCUGCCCAUCAUGGUCAUAAGUCAUAAUAAGACAUAUUCCGAAGAGAGAGAGAGAAGUUACCUGAGGAUGGGCUCCCAACACGAGGCCCAAAACUUGGAAGGAUUUUUCUUUUUUUGCUUUAAUUUAUAUGCCGCCCUUCUCCGGAGACUUAGGGCGGCUUACAGUGCGUUAAGCAAUAGCCUUCAUACUUUUGUAUAUUUAUACAAAGUCAGCUUAUUGCCCCCACAAACCGGGUCCUCAUUUCACCUACCUUAGAAAGGAUGGAAGGCUGAGUCAACCUUGAGCCUUGGUGGGAUUCGAACCAUCAGUAAUUGCAGGCAGCUGGUCUUAAUAACAGUGCUUUAAUCCACUGUACUACAGGCUAAACCUUUGGUCCCGGUGACCGUCUCGGAUUGGAUCCUACUGUCAGGGUUCCAAGUAAUACACCCAUAGCAAACAAAACUCUGAGGCAGGUAGAUUCCUCAAAAGAAUAGUUUUAUUGGCUAUAUCAUAUUGGCACGGUUCUGGUGAAAACCGACUCUGAAGGUUCCUGUGGUUUUCACCUAAUUAAAAGUCUGUCCCCAGUCAGUCAGUCACUCACAUGGUCCAAUCACGGUGCUGCCCAGUUGCCUGGUAACGUCACUCCUCCUCUCUCUGACCAGGUGUGAGAAUGUUCUUGGUUCCCAAGAGAAAAUAUUUUGUUUUGGCUACAAAACCCCAGCUAUCUCUAUUCCUCCCCUCCCUCUCCCCUCAGCUCCAGUGUGGCAACACUAAACGGCCUCGGUCAGGUCAGCUUCAGGGUUGACACCUGGCAAUAAGUCAUAAAGCAGGUCAUCGCGCGACCAACCCAAUUUUUACGGCCUCUUGUGUGCUGUGAUCAUCACCAUGGUGGUUAAAUGAGCCCAUUCUGCACGGUGGGGCAUUUUUGCCGAAAACCAGAAGUAAAUGCUUGUUUUCAGCAAACACGUCAAUUGCAAUCAUGUGGACAAAUCCCCCCCAUCCUCCAGGACACUGUGUAAAUGAUUGCCCACCACCCAAAAUGCAGGUGCAGGGAAGGGACUGUCCAUCGGAACUUCAGAACCCAGGAUGUAAAAUACCUUUUGGGAGGUCCGACGUAAGCGAACGAUCGUAAGUGGAGGACUACCUGUAGAUCUUUGGAUCGCGGUGGUGGAGCCGAAUCCACUGGUGGAUUGCAUCAGACUGACAUAAUUAUCUCUCGCAGCGGCAGCCGCCGACGGGGUUUUACCUCCCUUGAGACGUGAGCCCGUGCUGACUCCCAGGCGUUGUCUGAAUCGUCCUGCGAGAGCCGACGAAGCUCACCGCCGAAGUCGCAGAAACCUGGGGGGGGCGGGCUGCGAAGACCACCCUUCCUUAAAAGCCGAUUGCAAAAGCCAAAUGGGAAGAACUAACCAACCUAUGCAGUUCACGCAGCCCAGCCCUCUCCGUUGAUUUUCGAGGGGCUUUAGCAAUACACAAGUCCAUAUUUUAGCAAUACGCGGUCUCCCUUGUCGAUGGGGAGACGGUGCGGCUGAGAAACGAACCACAAAGCUGCCUCAGCCUGCACCCUUCAGCCUGCAGCUGGCUGUGGGUCCCUGUUAUCCCUAGUCAGAUAACCUCAAUCAGAAGUAUUUUCAUUUCCCCCCUCUCGGUUGUUGUAGAUCUGAUGCAUGCCUGUCCCUCUCCUAAACUUUUAUUAUAAUUUUUUUCCUAAAGCGCUUGGAAUUUCUCCUUCAUCUGAAUGGUGCUAUAUAAAUCCAUCUCUCUCUCCCUCUUCCUGUUUCGUUCUCUUUCUCCCUCUCUCUCUCUCAUCUAUUUAUUAUCUAUCAAGCAUUUUGAAGGUAUCGAAAAAAGCAGACUUUGUACAGCCCAUCAAUCCCGUAUGCAGUUUUGAACGUAAAAUGCACUUAUUUAUUUUUUAGGAGAGUUACAAAUGUAAGAGAUUUGUUUCUCUCCUUCCCUCCCUCUUUCCCAGCACUUCAUGGUAUUUCUGGAAUAAAAUGACACCCUUUUCAGCUUGUAACUGUGGCAUAUUCUUUCUAAUAUAAAGCCAUUUCUUUCCUUGGGCGUUUUCUAUAUCUUGAGUUAGGCAGAAGUCAGUGGGAAGCCCUCCUCAUAAAAACACUCGAUAGCUGUGAUUACCAAUUUAUGAAAUUUGAAUCCACGGUAAUUGUUAAGGAACAUUUGAACUGACUGUCACUGACUCUCAAAAAAUACUUUUUGAAAUGAUGUAUAAUGAUAUUUUUCUAAAGGAGAUAGAAAACGGGUUUUGGCUCCAAGCCAAUUUGGAAUUAAUUUCCUUUCUGUCCGCCUUCAACCAAAUCCCAACUGUUCUGGAAAAGCUCUCAGCUUUUCUCUUAAAAAGACAACACAUUUUGUACAUUUUUUUCUUGGAUCACUUCAUAUUCCCAAUCUGCACUCUGCUCCUGAAAAUAAGCAAGUCUCAAAAUA